GAUCGGAGAAUGUGGGUUCCAAUAUAUUUCCAAGGUGAAUUUUGGGCUGGUAUGAGAAGUACCCAACGGAGUGAGAGUAUGCACGCCUUUUUCGGUGGUUACCUGCAUUGUAAAAGUGGACUGGUUCAGUUCGUGCAUGAGUAUGAUAAUGUGCUUGGGAACAAAGAGCAAAAAGAACUGGAGGAUGAUGCUGCAGACUCUAAAGGAGUUGUUCCAUGUUCAUCGAGCUCUACAAUUGAAAGACAAUUUCAGCGUGAGUACACAACCUCUAAGUUUAGAGAAGUCCAACAUGAAUUCAGUAAAAGAGGGGAUUGUAUAGUUCGUGGGGUCACUCAAGAGGGUGAUUUGUUUCGGGUGACCGUCAACGAGCAAUACCUAUUGUAUGGGGAGCCCAGAUCUUGGAAGUACAGUGUUGAGUUUGACCCCAAGACACACAAGAUUCGGUGCGAAUGCAACAUGUUUGGCUCAAGAUGUAUUAUUUGUUGCCACUGUCUUGCUGUGUUGUUUUAUUAUGGAGUAGACACAGUACCAUCUUGCUAUGUUAUCCAUCGAUGGAGCAAGAAUGUACAGCGAAAACACACCUUCAUCAAGAGCAGCCAUGAUGAGAAGCGAUCAGACGAAAGCCACAACUUAUUUAGACGACUGUGUUCACACUUCUACAAUGUAGCACAAGAUUUUUUGACAUGUGAAGAAGAAGCGGCCAUGCUACAUUCGGGUCUUGAUCAGUUAAGGUCAAAGUUGCUUGACUGUCGUGUGAACUUGCUGUCCGGGCGUGUUCCAAGUUCACAAAAUAGCACGGUCACACAGGGUGGCCCCCAUCUUGGUGAAUCUGACAUCCAAGGUCCUUCAAAGGUUUCAACGAAGGGUCGGCCGAGAAUGAAGAGGCUUGGAUCUGAACUCGACGCCUCAAUCAAGAACUCUAUGCGAAGAAAGAAGAAGAAUCCACCGCUGGAUGUUCAUGAAGCAUUGAAUCAAGAUGUAGCGGGUUGUUCUGCUAGGAGAGCGAAUGAAUCACAGGAACAUGGCGGGUUCCUGUCGUUGUUAAACUCAUUUCGGCCUACUUAAAAGAUUUUGUAUUAUAGAUUUGUAUGGAGAUAUCCUUUUAUUAAGAGUAACCUUUUUACUCUAAUCAUUGCCAAUUUA